UUGGACUCACACAAGAAGCACGCUAAUCCCAGUCUCUGCGAUGGGGAGUCUCCUUCUAGGGUUUCUCUUCGCUUUCGUUGUCUCCGGGCCGGCGAUCUCGCCGGCGAUGGCGAGGUUCGUUGUGGAGAAGAAUAGCCUCAUGGUGACGUCUCCGUCGGCGAUGCGUGGCUCGCACGAUAGCGCUAUCGGUAACUUCGGCAUCCCUCAGUACGGGGGUAGCAUGGCGGGGACGGUGGCUUACCCUAAGACCAAUACCAACGGCUGCAAGGAGUUCUCUGAUUCUUUUAAGAGCAAGCCUGGAGCCCUCCCUAACUUCGUCCUCCUUGAUCGCGGAGAUUGUUUGUUUGCAAAGAAAGUCUGGAAUUCGCAGAAUGCUGGUGCUGCUGCUGUGCUUGUUGUGGAUAACACUGAUGAACCAUUGAUAACUAUGGAUCUUCCUCGAGAAGAUCAUGAAGAAGCGAUAUAUAUUCAGAAUAUAACUAUCCCCUCAGCCCUCAUAGACAAGAAGUUUGGUCAGGAAUUAAAGGAGGCUGUAAGCCGUGGUGAAAUGGUUAAUGUUAAUCUUGAUUGGCGAGAAGCUGUUCCACACCCAGAUGAUCGGGUGGAGUAUGAAUUGUGGACAAACAGCAAUGAUGAGUGUGGACCUAAAUGUGAUGCGCUGAUGGAUUUUGUAAAGGAUUUCAAAGGUGCAGCACAACUACUUGAGCAAGGUGGGUAUAGCCAGUUUACACCCCAUUAUAUAACCUGGUACUGUCCUCGAGCGUUUGUUCUCAGUAAACAGUGCAAGUCUCAAUGCAUCAACCAUGGGAGGUACUGUGCACCUGAUCCUGAGCAGGACUUUAGCACAGGCUAUGAAGGGAAAGAUGUAGUCAUUGAAAAUCUUAGACAGUUGUGUGUGUAUAAAAUUGCAAAUGAAAGCAAAAGGCCCUGGGUCUGGUGGGACUAUGUGACGGAUUUUCACAUAAGAUGCCCUAUGAAGGAGAAAAAGUAUAACAGAGAUUGUGCUCUCAAUGUUGUCACGUCGCUAGGAAUUGAUGGUAGGAAGAUCGAAGAAUGUAUGGGAGAUCCAACUGCAGAUUCUGAGAAUCCUGUUCUCAAAAAAGAACAAGACGCCCAGGUUGGGAAAGACUCCAGGGGAGAUGUUACCAUUCUGCCUACUCUCAUUGUUAAUAAUCGGCAAUAUCGAGGAAAAUUGGAGAAGAAAGCUGUCUUAAAGGCUAUUUGUUCCGGUUUUGAAGAAACUACUGAACCUGCUGUUUGUUUGAGUGAUGACAUCCAAACUAAUGAAUGUUUAAAUGAUAAUGGGGGAUGCUGGCACGAUAAAGGUUCCAAUAUUAGCGCCUGCAAGGAUACAUUCCGGGGAAGAGUUUGUGAGUGUCCUGUCUUUCAAGGUGUACAAUUUAAGGGUGAUGGCUACAGCAAGUGUGAAGCAAUUGGGCCUGGUAAGUGCAGGAUUAAGAAUGGUGGGUGCUGGCAGGAUACCAGAAAUGGAAUGACAUUCUCUGCAUGUCAGGAAACUGGAGACAACAGUUGCCAGUGCCCUCCUGGAUUCCAAGGUGAUGGUAUCAAAAGUUGUGGAGAUAUUGAUGAAUGCAAAGAGAAGAAAGCAUGUCAGUGCCCUGAGUGCACCUGCAAAAAUACCUGGGGAAGCUAUGAUUGUAGUUGUGCUGGAGAUCUUUUGUACAUCAAGGAGCAUGACACCUGCAUUAGUAAGGCAGCAAGUGAGGCAAAGACAACGUGGGCUGCUGCUUGGGUAAUCUUGAUCAUCCUGGCUGUUGCUUCUGUUGGAGCCUAUAUUGUUUACAAAUAUAGGUUAAGGUCAUACAUGGACGCGGAGAUCAGAGCCAUAAUGGCACAAUACAUGCCAUUAGACAGUCAAGGAGAAGUACCGAAUCACACACAUGAAGAACAAGAAAAUGCUUGAAGCGGUGAAGAACCCUCUUUCUUUUCCGCAGAUCUUCAUCUCCCCUGGAAAAUGCAUAUAUCAUUGAGAGAAUCGAAAAAUCCAUUGGGGAGAAUGCCCAUGCCAGUAGGGAUAUGAAAAGCAAGUGCCCUAGUGCUUGAGAAUUGAGAUAGGAAACAGGGUUGCUAGUUCUUUUUUAUAAUUAGCACCAAUUAUGUAUCUUUAUAACUGUAUAGAUUGACACAGUUUCUCCAUCCAACUUUGGUUUUAGAACUUGUUUCUAAUCUAUGUAUUCAAUGCAGAUGAUAGCUUGAUGAGUUCAUUGUCGAUGUACUUGAUUUUAUGCCGCAUCCAUGGACAUCGCCUUCUUGUGGUUGGCUAACAAUUUAUCUCACUGCUGCAGGUGGUGGUGGAUUAAUGUAUCCGGUAAAUUUUUAAGGAGGUUAUUUUA